AUGCUCCUAGCGGACCUCGGAAAGUAUGACCUAAUCCUAGGUCGAAAAUGGUUCGCAGAACAUAAUGUUCUACUCGACUAUCGUCACGUAGAACGACGGGAUAGUGCUUUCGAAAUAGAAUAUAGACAUAGGCGGGUCGAAGAGCAGCGGAAGAUGGCUCGGAAUAUUAAUGACGAAACUCGGCUAGUGACCACGAAGAAAAAAGAGGCACUAGUUCUAAUUAAUAUUAACACGAUCGGACGUGUUAGAUUCGACCGGUUAUAA